AGUUUGGAGUUUUGUUUGCGAAAAAAGUUUAUAAAAUAUCCACAUCAAAAAGUCUUCAAUUUUUUUUCAGAUUUUUUUUUUCGAAUUAAAAAUGAAGCUUCAUUUGGUUUUUACAAUUAUCUUACUUCUUAUUGUGCCAAUUUUCGGUCAACUCUACUCUCCCAAACAUAAGAUCACGAAGAAAUUUUUUUUGAUGACAUUGGCUCCGGCGAAUUGGUACCGCGCUUUUUUCCAUUGUCGCUCUCUUGGCAUGAAUUUGGCCAGCAUUUCAUCGCGAGAGGAAAAUAACCAAAUAUUAAAGCAAAUCAGAGAUGAAGGUCAUGGAUCAAAGGAUUUCUGGAUAUCGGCUAUGGAUUUACUGGAUGGUAAUGAUUUUUUUUGGAUGGGAAAUGGUAAAUCGGUGACAUUCGCCGAUUGGGCACCAGGGCAACCGAGCAAUUCAUUAAUCCGCGGUGAACGAGAGAGUUGCGUACAUAUAUUUAAUACAGCCAAAGAUGCCAGUUCAGUUUCAAAAUGGAAUGAUCGCGUUUGUUCUGACAAGAUAUUUUUCAUUUGCGAACAAGAAAUCACCGAAUACGAAUAUUGUACGAAUUAAAUUGAACUCGCGAUUUUUAAAGUAUCAAAAAAUGUGAAAUUUCUUCUAUUAUUUGGAAUUUUUAAUAUUUAAUUGGAAUUUUCUAACAAAAAAUAGAACCAUCUAGUUUCAGUUUAGUUAAAUACCAACAGAAGUUCAGUUUAAUUAAAUAGAAUCGGUUUUGGACUGUUUUAUAUGUAUUCGUUUCAUUUUUACAUUAAAUAAAACGUGUAUUGAAUUUCGACAUUCGAUUGCCAAAAUCUUUA